ACAGCUGUUGCUGAAAAUAAACAAAGACAAAACGCAAAUGCAUACAAAUUAAAGAAAACUAUUAAUUGAUGCGCCAAAAUGAGCUCCUGGCGCGAAAGUCUUACUAGCUUGCCCACCACAGUGGCUCAAUUCGUGAACGACAGUGCUUCCACAGCUUCCAGCUAUUUGCACUCGCAUUCCUCAACAGAUGUAUCAGGUCCAGAAGAAAGUGCACCUCAGCAUUCAGACUACAGGGCGUUGCCUAUACCCGCAUCACUGGUAAAGGAGCAAUGGCGUCUGAUCUUUACCUCAGAUGCCAAUAUACAGGAUUUGCAGGCAGCCAUAGCACACUGCCGUGACUUGGUUUUGCUGAGUGGCGAAUGCAGUGAAGAACGUCUUUGGCUGGUGCGUCACUUGGUGGAUUUGCGCUACUCGCUGCAGGAACUGGAGGAGGCACAAGCUUGCGUCAACGAUGAUGUGGUGGUCAUGAAUGCCAUUAAGUCGGUGGUGGGUCAUCAUUUCGUUCCACACCAUCUGGGAACCAAGAAUCGUUUGCAAACAGCAGCUAAGCGCUACUACUGCGACCACUGCACCAGCAUAAUUUGGCGUCUGGUGCAGCCUGCUUAUAUUUGCAGCGAUUGCGGUUAUUUGGUUCAUCAAAAGUGCAUAGAUAGCGUCGUGCGUGUGUGUGCCCAUGUGCUGGCCUCGGAGCGACAGUUUCCCAUCAUUGAAAUCUGCCCGGAAAUAGGCUUGGCGGCGCAACGCUAUAAAUGCGCCGAGUGUGCAACAUUGCUUAACUUUAAGAACUCCUGGAUUGAGCCACGCCUAUGUGACUAUCGUGGGCUAUACUACUGUCCCGCAUGCCAUUGGAAUGAUAACUGCAUAGUGCCUGCUCGCAUGGUCAACAAUUGGGACUUUACACCUAGACGUGUCUCCCGCACAGCGUUGCAAGAGAUACAGCUUUUCCUGGAUAAACCGCUUAUACGUUUGGAAGAAGAGAAUCCCAAGCUGUUUGUAUUCCUUGAAAAAUUAUGCGCUGUUAAAAAGCUUCGACAGAAUCUGAUACACAUGCGUCAUUAUCUUGCCGCCUGCAAAGGCGCUGUAGAGCAAAAGCUUGUGGAUCAACAGCUGGCUGGGCGCCGUCACUUGGUCCAGUCCAAUGAAUUCUAUGCACUUAGGGAUCUCAUGCAAGUUGAGAACGGCGCCUUAGCUGAGUUUCUACAGAGUUGCUUCAAGACAUUUGGACAACAUAUACGCAACUGUGAUAUGUGCCUGGCUAAGGCCUAUAUCUGUGAAAUUUGCAGCAAUAAUGAAGUCAUCUUUCCUUUUGAUGAUGGCUGCAUAAAAUGUGAUCAAUGCAACUCCAUUUAUCAUCGCGUUUGUCUAACGCGCAAGAAUAUGAUUUGUCCCAAGUGUGUACGCAUACAGGAGCGGCGACUUCAAUUAGAACGUGCUACAGACGCUCAACUAGAGGACGAUGAGGUCGAUCACUGCUAACUCUUGUUUUAAACUGUACCAAUAAAUAUCUGUGUCUUCUACUUUAUAUACUGUUUGACUUUUGGAGGAGGAGGCUAUACAUUAAAGUUGGCUGCAUGCCAUGAAACUGUUAA